CGAUGACGCAGCGAUAGCACAAACUGCUGCGACGAUCGACCGUCAGGUUUGCACUCAUUCGACGUUGUAACGAGCGCAUCGCCAUUGCGACAUGACGACGACUCAAGUGCUGCCGCCGCAAGCGCCCGGCAAGAGGAGAUGGUAUGAGAAAUUCGUGGAAGAGCCGCUUGUACCAUUGGGCAUGGGAUUGACCUGCGUCGCGUUGCUCGCUGCGAGCGUACAGAUGCGCAAAGGCGAUCGGAAGAAAAUGAACAAGUUCUUGCGGUAUCGUGUGUACGCUCAAGGCCUGACUGUCCUGGCUGCCCUCGGAGGAACGGUCUAUUACGGCACAGAACGGAGCAAGCGAGCAGCCGAACAGAGAGAUGCUGCUCGGUUCGCACGGGAACAACAGCAAGCUGCGAGGGAAGCAGCUGGUCUGCCGCCUGUCGUCCGGACAGCUCGGCCAGUGACUGUCAAACCCAUUACAUCAGAAGAGGAUAGACCGCUACGAGCGAAGCAGAGCAGGAACCAAGCUCAGAUGUUGAAAUCAGACGAGUCUCAAUAG